AUGACCGACAGAUACGCAUUUUCGCUGACGACUUUUUCCCCCAGUGGGAAAUUAGGUCAGAUUGACUACGCUCUAGCGGCCGUGAAGCAAGGUGUCACCUCGCUGGGUAUUAAGGCGACGAAUGGUGUUGUCAUUGCCACAGAGAAGAAGUCGAGUUCUCCAUUGGCCUUGACAGACACGCUGUCGAAAAUCGAGCUUAUAACCCCAGAUAUAGGUGCUGUGUACUCUGGAAUGGGUCCUGAUUACAGGGUGCUCGUGGAUAAGUCGAGGAAAGUAGCGCACACGCAUUACAAGCGGAUCUACAACGAAUAUCCGCCCACGAAGCUUUUGGUGUCUGAGAUUGCAGAAGUCAUGCAGGAGGCCACCCAAUCCGGUGGUGUGCGGCCAUUCGGUGUGUCGCUUCUUGUUGCCGGCUAUGACGACCACAGGGGGUUCAGUCUCUACCAAGUGGACCCAUCUGGUUCAUACUUCCCCUGGAAGGCCACUGCCAUCGGGAAGGGUGCCACUGCUGCAAAGACCUUCUUGGAGAAAAGAUGGAACGACGAGUUAGAACUGGAAGAUGCCAUUCACAUCGCUUUGCUGACGUUGAAAGAAUCUGUGGAAGGUGAAUUUAACGGCGACACAAUAGAGAUUGGUAUUAUCGGAGAACCAAAUAACGACCAAUUGGGGUACACGGGUGUCCCAACAGAUGUGGGCCCAAGGUUUAGAAGUCUAACCUCGCAAGAAAUCAACGAUAGACUAGAAGCUCUAUGA